AUGGCCAAGAGGCCAGUAGACGACGAAAUGGUCGACCAGCGACCAAAACGAGAUAAAUCCUCAACAUCAGAGCAAUCAGAGCUCGAAAAAGUGGGCAUUCACCCCUUGUUGAGGGGCGCGACAAAAGUUCCUACCAAUUUCAAUCCAUUAAAACACUCACGAAAACGAGAAGGUUUUGUUGUUAACCCGUACAUUGACCAAAAAGACAUCAAAUACUCGCGACCGAGACGAGAGUUCCAUCUGAACGAGAAAGGCAAGUAUAUUGAACGCGCAAACGAACUUAGGCGGCGACUGGAGGAGGAGAAACGGGAACAGGAAGAACAAAAGGCAUUGGCUGCACAGGGGCUUACACCAGAUGAAACAACGGGUGAACAGUAUUAUCUUCCCGCUCGGCCACCGGCAAUCGAAUGGUGGGACCAGCCGCUUCUCAACGAGCGACGGUACGGGGACGAGCUGAAAGUGAAGUAUAAUGACAAAGAUGAUCUGAAGAACCCGAUAACAGAGUAUGUCCAGCACCCGGUUCCGGUGAUGGCGCCGUGGGAGAAGCAUUUGGCGCCUCCAAAACCACUGUACCUGACAAAAAAGGAGAUCAAGCGACUGCGGAAGAAUGAACGACAAAUGAAGCUGAAAGAGAAACAGGACAGAAUGAAGCUUGGACUCGACCCGACUCCCGCUCCAAAAGUGAAGUUGAAGAAUCUGAUGAACGUCCUGACCAACGAUGCAAUUAAAAACCCGACUGAGGUGGAGAUGCGUGUGAGGCAGGAGAUCGAGGCGCGCCGACGGCAGCACGAAGCAGCAAACAUGGAGCGCCACGCCAAUAAGGAAGACAAAGCCACCAAAAUGGCGCGCAAGUUCGAAAAAGACCUGCAAAAAGGCUAUUUUUCUGCCGUUUUCGCAGUGCAAAGCCUGGGAAACAACCAACACAGAUAUAAGGUCAACAUCAAUGCCAAGCAGCUGGAACUGAAAGGCAUGUGUUUGAACCUGGAAAAUGGUCAAACCCUCAUUAUCGUCGAAGGAGGAGAAAGAUCAGUGAGCAAGUAUAAACGGCUUAUAUUGCACCGCAUCCAAUGGAACGUCAAAUGCGAACUAGUAUGGGAAGGCCAACUAGCCGAUCUGCAUUUUUCAAAAUGGACAAUGUAUGAUUUCACGGACGAAGAGGAAAUUCUAGCCUUGCUGGCCAAGUUCAGAUUGGAAAACUACUGGACUCAAGCCAAAAAUAUCAUUAAUAGCUCCUAA